AAGUAGUAAAUCACAAAAUGGAGAAAAAACAAGGGAUUGCAAGAUUCUGUGUAUAAGUGUGACUCUCCGCUCUCGGAGGGUAGUCGAUGAUCCAGAUGAGCUCCGCCGCUGCCGCCACCACCAUCACAGCCGUGGCUCCGCCGCUUCACCGACCACACGCUUCUCAGCCGAUUCUCUCCAAUAUCUCUCUUCACAUUCCUAGCGCCGCUCGGCGGAGGAAACGGUUGGGGUUCUCCGUGGUCGCAAGUUCAGCGUCGCCGCCGGAAGCUACGUAUGAUCCGGAGCUCCGAUUGGUUCUUGAGCUCGCAACUGAUUCUGAGUUGUAUGAACUUGAAAGAAUCCUUUUUGGUCCCAGUUACUUCAGCCCUCUGUUGAAAUCAAUUCCGAACAGAUCAGAAGCUGACCGUCUAAUGAUAGGUGAAGAUCUUGAGGUACGAGAUGGUUUUAUUGAAGCCCUUGAGUCAAGAUUCUUGUUCCUGGCUGCGGAUGCCCGCUCAACAUUGAGAGGUUGGAGGCCCUCAUACAGAAAUGUAUUGCUCGCCGUGAGAAACGAAUUAAAAAUCCCAUGCUCCAGCAAAUUGCCAACAGACGACCUAGAAGCAGAGAUCUUUCUUUAUCUUGUGGAGAAUUUCUCUAGAGAAGAAUCAGGGAUUUUUCCAGGCUUGUGGGAAAGUUCUGAACUAUCAGAUGUUAAAGGCAGCUUAGAACUUGGGCUGAGUAAAUGGAAAGUUGAAUUACUUGCCGCUCUCAAAGUUGGCGCUGUGGAGGUCCAAUCUAUGGUUUUAAAGGGCGGUGGCAUGAUCACAUUUGCCAAGCUUUAUCAAUUGUUGGCUAAGAAACUAUCAGGGAAAGUGUUCCUUGAAGCUGCCAACUACCAGAUGAUAAAAGAAGUGCUAAAAAAGGGUGGACAGUUGGCCACUGUUAACUUGGAAUCUCGAGCAGCCCUGCUUGCAGCCAAGCAGGGCUUUGCAGGGGCUGCAUCCAGAUAUCUAGGCUUAAGAAGUGUAAUGCAAUUACUCGGUCCCAUGAUGUGGGGAACCUUGCUGGCUGAUUUAGUGAUCCAGAUGCUUGGAACUGACUACGCACGAAUUCUUCGAGCAAUUUAUGCGUUUGCCCAGAUACGCAUCACCCGCACGUACAGGGUACCUUGUAAAUGAUAUUCCAGUUGCGGGACUCUCAUGUCUCCAUGACCUUAGGUAAAUGUUUUUAUAUGUAUUGCACAUCUUGAUAAACUACAUAAAAAAGAAAAAGUCACGAGGGGCAUUUUAGUAAUGUACUCUUGACCUUUGAUGUGUUCAUUCAAAUAU